ACAAGAUGACGCUGAUCAAGAAACGGAGGUUUUUAUCUCCAACAUCCCUCCGGAGAUGACAGAGCAAGACCUGAGCUAUCUUCUUGGUGACAUACCACUGUCAGUAGUGAUGCGGUCAAAGGGCUAUAACAACAGAUUUGCAUUUGUGCGGUUCAAAACAUACACUGAGGCUGAAGCUGUGGUUGAAGAACUUGAAGGGUAUAUUGUGGGUAAUUCCGGUUACCAGCUCAAUGCUAGAAUUAACGACGUUCCACCACCCAUUCCAACCAUUAAUGAUCAAAAUCGGACAGACCAAGGCCAUAUUAUCCGGCAAAGUUCUGAUUCAACCAAUGAAGACUUCUACAGAGAAGUUGCUUCAAACUAUGAUCCCUUUAAGCCAUCAAAAAAUCCAAUGGAAGCCAAAGCUGUCGUAGACGGUCCUGUUGGUGUUUAUGUUGGAAACUUUCCCUAUAGUACAACUGAGGAGCAAUUGUUUGAAGAAUUUAAACCAUUUGGUGUCCAAAGAGUGGAAAUAAAAAGCAGGGGUCCAGAGAGAAGUGCGUAUGGUUUUGUUUAUGUGGAGAGCAUUGAAGAUGCAACGGCAGCCAUUAGAAUGUUAGAUGCCUCCGACUUUAAUGGGCGUGAGCUGAAGGUUCGUUUCAACAACCGUAAUUACAACGUUCCCAUAGAAACAGAGGAAGCAAAGAUCAAAUUACCAAAGGACAUUAAAGUGCAGUGUACAAUUAAUGACAAAGCACGACAAGUGAACGUUGUCAAUCAGGAAAAACAGACCCCUGCUCCCACCCCUCAGGUUAAUUCCCCUACCCCCAGAGUAGCUGUCCCUGCCAAUAUGAGCUACCGAACAUACAGCAGGAUUUUGGCCUGUUUCAAAGUUCCCCUGACGACAGUCCAUGACAUCCCUCCAGGAAGAUUUGAAUUAUGGGUAACCUAUGUCGAACAAUCUGGAUAUUUCUGGGCGCAGAUUUUAACAGAUAAUACUGCUAAUAUGAGUGAACUUGGCGAGAUGAACCUUGAAAGGGAGGCAUCAGGACAGCAUCCUUUCAACAACGACAGAAGAUGUAUCACAUAUUACGAGGAUGAGCCAGUGAGGGGCUACAUUAUGAAUGAAUCUGGAGCUCAAGUCAAUGUCUUUGCGGUUGAUUAUGGAAAUGUAAUGCUGGUGGAUAAAACACACGUUCUUAGCGCAACCAAUCCCACGAUUUGGAAGAUUGGACCAAUGGUGGUGCCUUUUAGACUUUAUGAUACAACUACUGGUCUUAAAGAGAUACAGCAUGACCAUGCUACUCAAGUUCUGCAGGUGAACAUCGCCAAUACCCCAGGUGCUAAUGAGACUCAUAUCAUUGAUGUUGCGAAUGCCCAAUUACGGUAAUAUAAACCAGGACAACAGUGUGCAUUAACUUUGAAAUUAUUGGUUGUUUUCUUGAUGUUGCUCUGUCCACUCGGCCAUUCCAUCUCAGAUUCCAUUGACACCAGUGAACUCAAACUUUGAAAUGGGAAAUCAUAUUCUUGAUGCCAAGGAUGGACCUUCCCAGAUUUCUGGACACCAAUCUUCAUGGACAUUAGAAUUGGAUGUACAUGUACAUACAUGUACAAUAAAAUACUAACAUUAGACUGAUUUUCAAUGUCACCAUGCAGUUUCAGAAAAUGAAUGAUUUCUGUUUUUUGGUGAAUGUCUGCCUAAUGGCUCGCUACACUCAUUUAGAUUUACAAUACCAUUGUUGUCAUGGGAUACAGUGGAGUCAAAUCUCGCAGAUACAUCACAAUCAUAAACAAAUCAAA